UCCUCUUUUAACUUUGCUUCAUGCAUGGAUUUCUCCUCUAGAGAGAGAAAGAGCUUCCGAAUGAAACAAGAACCCGUCUGCUCUCUUUCUCUCUCUAAAACCUCUCUCUCUCUCUCUCUCUCUAUAAAAAAAGAUAGAUUUUUUUAAAAAAAAACCUCAAGAUUGAUACAGAGAGCAAAGCAGAGAGUAGAUAUGGAAGCAGAGUGCUGAGCUGGUGAUAGAGGGAGAACCAGAUCUUUUCGCAUUUGUUUCCAAAUAAAAGCCCAAUUGAAAUCCCCAAAUGGGCUCUCCUCAAUUCCCCUCAGAACCCAAUGACCACCAAGAUCUGACCGAUUCAAGCUCACCCAUUUGAGCUCUUCUCCUCCGUAUCUUGCUCUUUUCCUCCCUUCUCUUUUUCAACUCCAUGGAUCAAGAGAAAAAGCAUAGCUGCAAGCUCUGCAACAAGAACUUCCCCUGCGGCCGCUCCCUCGGCGGUCACAUGAGAUGUCACGUGCCGCCUUCAAGCAGGGGGCUUCAGGGUCUCGGAGCUGAUGCGUAUGGGCUAAGAGAGAAUCCGAAGAAAUCAUGGAGGGUCGAGGACCAGUCGGCAAUGAGCUUCUGUGAUCUCGGAGAGAAGCAGUGCCGAGAGUGCGGCAGAGAAUUCCAAUCUUGGAAAGCUCUGUUUGGUCACAUGAGGUCUCAUUCUGAUAAAAUUGGGAGAGCAGAGGAGGAGGAGGAGGAAGAUGAUGGUGAAGGAUCGUGGGGUGAUGGUGGGUCCCACAUCGAAGGAUCGGUGAAGGUCCCCAAGAAGAAGAGGAGAUCGAGACCGAGGCGCCCGAGCCCGAGCUUCGAGUACUCCAAGGAGCAAAAAGAUGCAGCGAUUGCUCUCGUGAUGUUAUCCAAAGAUGUUGGGCACUGGGGAAGUGGGUCAGUUGAGUUCUCUGACAAGAGUUCUGCAGUUUCUGAGGGUCAUCAAGAUUUGGGCUCUGAUGAAUUGGGUUUUUUGAGGAGCAAGAAGUUGGCUAAGUAUGAGUGCACUGCUUGCAACAAGAGCUUCAACACUUACCAAGCACUCGGAGGACAUCGAGCAAGCCACAAGAGGAUGAGGGAUUGCUUUGAGAAUGGUUCAACUGAUCAAGUAGUGGGAGCUCACCAAUGCUUAAUUUGCGGCAAAGUGUUCAGUUCUGGCCAAGCUUUGGGGGGGCAUAAGAGGUCUCAUUUGAUCACUGCAUCUCCUAGUAGGGUGAUUCAUCAAGAGGAGACGGCGGUGACCGAUUCGGACUUGAUUGAUCUCAAUGUUUCGUUGAUGAUCGAUGAGGAUUCGAGCAAAGGGAGUGUUUCUGUUGCUGAUGCGGAUUAUAGACCUUGGUGGGCUGGAACCGGAAGCAAUCUUCAGCAUGCGGCAAUGGCAGCUGUGAUUGAGAAUUGAAGAUGUACAGAUUCUUCUUCUAUGAUUGAAUUCAUUCUUUUGGGAGCUUGAAGGUGAGAUGAUGGUAUAAUAUUGCUGCGUUGCUCUUAAAUUUGAGUUGCAGGUGAUCUUCACGAGUACUAAUUCAGCCUCUUUUUUUUUUAGUACUGUUCGUUUGUUUCAGUUGGGGGUUUAGAAUAAGUUCACAGUGAGACUCAAAGGACUGUUAGUAGCAUGCUUGAGCUUCAUUGCUCGGUAGUAUAUUUGAGCUUUUCUUAGUAUAUUAGCAGUAUCACAAAUCCUUCUUGAUGGUUUGGGUGAUGAUUUUAUGCAAAUUGGAAAGACCAAGGCAUGUGAUUAAAUUUGAUUUUGCUAUUUUUUUA